UUCCCCACUUGUCAAUUGUUAACAGGAUUUCUGUGGUGCCAAUUGUCAAGUCUUCCACCUCCGAUUUCCUGUUCUCCGUCACCAUGGCUGCCGUCACCUCUUCCGCUGUGUUCUCCAGCGCCUUCGUCGGCCAGACCGCCGAGUUGGCCAAGACCGUCGGCAAUGCCGAGGCCCGCGUCACCAUGAGGCGCACUGUGAAGAGCGCCCCCGAGAGCAACUGGUACGGCCCCGACCGCCCCAAGUUCCUGGGCCCCUUCUCUUCCCAGACCCCCUCGUACCUCACCGGCGAGUUCGCCGGUGACUACGGCUGGGACACCGCCGGUCUGUCCUCGGACCCCGAGACCUUCGCCAAGAACCGUGAGCUUGAGGUGAUCCACGCCCGCUGGGCCAUGCUCGGCGCUCUGGGCUGCCUCACCCCCGAGCUCCUCGCGGGCUCGUUCGACUUCGGUGAGACCGUGUGGUUCAAGGCCGGCUCCCAGAUCUUCUCCGAGGGUGGCCUUGACUACCUCGGCAACCCCUCCCUGGUGCACGCCCAGUCCAUCCUCGCCAUCUGGGCCACCCAGGUCCUUCUCAUGGGUGCCGUCGAGAGCUACCGCGUGGGUGGCCUCGCUGGCUUCCAGGAGGUUGAGGACCCCAUCUACCCCGGCGGUGCCUUCGACCCCCUUGGUCUGGCUGAUGACCCCGAUGCCUUCGCUGAGCUGAAGGUGAAGGAGCUCAAGAACGGCCGUCUCGCCAUGGUGUCCAUGUUCGGCUUCUUCUUCCAGGCUAUUGUCACCGGCAAGUCGCCCCUGGAGAACCUGAACGACCACUUGGCCGAGCCCUCCAUCAACAACGCCUGGGCCUAUGCCACCAGCUUCGUCCCCGGUGCCUAAAUGCGUGAAUUGUGUGCAUAAUUAUAUGUAGUGCAAUUUUCGCUCCGAAUCUGUGAAACAGCGAACCGAAUAAACGAAUCCUGUGCGUGCAGUGAACGAGACCAGGCCACGCUUGUUUCACACUCCGCUCAAAUGUUUUCACAAAUGCGAGGGAAAACAUCCCUUCCAAAUAAAAAGAUGUUAACCCUGCUCUAGAAAACAUCCCUUCCAAAUAAGGAAAAGUAGUUGCC